AGACAAGCCGGUGAAAAAGAAAAGUCGUACGCGACUCUCUCUCUCUAUCUUUUAUUUCCUUUGGGAGCAAGGCGGUCUAUCACUUUCAGUCGCUAUAUAUAAUCUUCCUCAUCGCUCCAUUUUCUCCUACAGUCUCUUUCUCUCUCUCCCUGAGAAAACAAGGGAGACUAAUCGGAAUCUCCUGCGUAUUUGAUUCUUCCGGCGAUUGUUUCCUUCUUUAUACGCUUUCGUAUAUUCUUGUCAGAAGCACCAUUGCUCCAACAGUGACGGGUACAGGAUCUAGUUCUGUGUUUGUGGAGUCAAGGCAGAAUAUGAGCUUUCAAGUCAGGCGAGAUAGGAGCGAUGAUAGGUCUCAUCGAUUCAAUCAUCAGCAAACGUGGAUUCCUAGAAACUCAUCUACCUCGAGCGUGGUGGUAAAUGAGCCUUUGCUUCCUCCUAAUACAGAUAGAAAUUCUGAAACCCUUGAUGCUGGUUCUGCAUCCCGUCCUGUUUAUCUGCAAAGGCAGCAUAACGCUUCUGGUCCUCCGUCCUAUAACCACCACCAAAGGAGUAGUAACAUUGGUCCACCUCCACCUAAUCAACAUAGAAGAUAUAAUGCGCCUGAUAACCAGCAUCAAAGGAGUGAUAACAUUGGUCCACCUCAACCUAAUCAACAUAGAAGAUAUAAUGCGCCUGAUAACCAGCAUCAAAGGAGUGAUAACAGUGGUCCACCUCAACCUUAUCGACAUAGAAGAAAUAAUGCUCCUGAGAACCAGCACCAAAGGAGUGAUAACAUUGGUCCACCUCCACCUAAUCGACAAAGAAGGAAUAAUGCUUCUGGAACUCUGCCAGAUAAUCGCCAAAGAGUUGCAUCUAGGACGCGGCCUGUGAAUCAGGGGAAAAGGGUAGCGAAGGAGGAGAAUGUUGUGUUGACAGACCCAAACUUGCCUCAACUUGUUCAAGAGUUACAGGAGAAGCUUGUCAAGAGUUCUAUUGAGUGUAUGAUUUGUUAUGACAAGGUUGGGAGGUCUGCCAAUAUCUGGUCAUGCUCCAGCUGUUAUUCCAUCUUCCAUAUCAACUGUAUCAAGAGGUGGGCUCGAGCACCAACUUCAGUUGAUUUGCUAGCUGAGAAAAACCAAGGUGAUAACUGGAGAUGUCCAGGUUGCCAAUCUGUACAGUUGACAUCAUCUAAAGAGAUUUCCUAUCGGUGCUUUUGUGGAAAGAGAAGAGAUCCACCGUCUGACCCAUAUCUCACUCCACACUCAUGCGGGGAACCAUGUGGGAAACCGCUGGAGAAAGAGUUUGCACCUGCUGAGACGACUGAAGAGGAUCUUUGUCCUCAUGUAUGUGUUUUGCAGUGUCAUCCUGGUCCAUGUCCUCCCUGUAAAGCCUUUGCUCCACCUCGUAGCUGUCCUUGUGGGAAAAAGAUGGUUACUACUAGAUGCUCCGAGCGGAGAUCUGAUCUUGUUUGUGGGCAGCGUUGCGAUAAGCUUCUUAGUUGCGGGCGUCAUCAAUGUGAAAGGACAUGUCAUGUUGGCCCUUGUGAUCCUUGUCAGGUACUGGUAAAUGCCACAUGUUUCUGCAAGAAAAAAGUGGAGACUGUCAUUUGCGGUGAUAUGAAUGUGAAGGGGGAAUUGAAAGCAGAAGAUGGUGUCUAUUCAUGCAGUUUUAACUGUGGGAAGCCUCUUGGAUGUGGUAAUCAUUUCUGUUCCGAGGUAUGCCAUCCUGGACCUUGCGGGGACUGUGACUUACUGCCCAGUAGAGUUAAGACAUGCUAUUGUGGGAAUACGCGUUUAGAAGAACAGAUCAGGCAGAGUUGCUUGGACCCAAUUCCUUCUUGUUCAAAUGUAUGUAGGAAGCUUCUUCCUUGUAGGUUACAUACUUGCAAUGAGAUGUGCCAUGCAGGUGAUUGCCCGCCUUGUUUAGUCCAAGUUAACCAGAAAUGCCGGUGUGGGUCAACAUCCAGGGCUGUGGAAUGCUACAUAACAACUUCCUCAGAGGCAGAGAAGUUUGUGUGCGCUAAGCCAUGUGGACGUAAGAAGAACUGUGGGAGACAUAGAUGUAGCGAGCGUUGCUGCCCUCUCUUGAACGGGAAGAAGAAUGAUUUAUCUGGCGAUUGGGACCCACAUGUCUGCCAAAUACCUUGUCAGAAGAAGCUAAGGUGUGGGCAGCAUUCCUGUGAAUCUUUAUGUCACAGUGGACAUUGCCCUCCUUGUCUCGAGAUGAUCUUCACUGAUCUUACAUGUGCUUGUGGAAGAACUUCGAUUCCUCCUCCACUAUCAUGUGGGACACCUGUUCCUAGCUGUCAGCUUCCAUGCCCGAUUCCUCAGCCUUGUGGCCAUUCUGAUACGCAUGGAUGCCAUUUUGGAGAUUGUCCUCCUUGUUCUACCCCUGUGGAAAAGAAGUGCGUUGGUGGUCAUGUGGUUCUCAGAAACAUACCCUGUGGGUUGAAAGACAUUAGAUGUACCAAGAUUUGUGGAAAGACGAGGCGUUGUGGCAUGCAUGCUUGUGCCAGAACUUGUCACCCGGAGCCUUGUGACAGCUUCAAUGAAUCUGAAGCAGGUAUGCGUGUUACGUGUAGACAGAAAUGUGGUGCUCCUAGAACAGAUUGCAGACACACUUGUGCAGCACUCUGCCAUCCUUCUGCGCCUUGCCCUGACCUAAGAUGUGAAUUUUCAGUCACAAUUACUUGUUCAUGUGGUCGUAUAACCGCUACGGUCCCUUGUGAUGCUGGGGGAAGAAGUGCCAACGGUUCUAAUGUUUACUGUGCGGCCUAUGAUGAAGCCUCUGUUUUACAGAAGCUUCCAGCUCCACUUCAGCCUGUUGAAUCGAGCGGAAACCGUAUCCCCCUCGGGCAGAGAAAGCUUUCGUGUGAUGAUGAGUGUGCGAAGCUGGAGCGUAAGCGGGUUCUUCAAGAUGCAUUUGAUAUAACUCCCCCAAAUCUGGAGGCAUUACAUUUCAGCGAGAAUUCUGCUAUGACAGAGAUUAUUUCAGACCUUUAUAGGCGUGAUCCAAAGUGGGUACUGGCUGUUGAAGAGCGCUGCAAGUUCUUGGUACUUGGGAAAGCAAGAGGAAGCACAAGUGCCCUUAAGGUCCAUAUCUUCUGCCCGAUGCAGAAGGAUAAACGAGACACGGUUCGACUUAUAGCUGAGAGGUGGAAACUUGGUGUUAGCAACGCAGGGUGGGAGCCAAAACGGUUUACAGUGGUUCACGUAACAGCAAAAUCGAAACCGCCAACAAGGAUCAUUGGAGCUAGGGGUGGUGCUAUCUCGAUAGGAGGGCCACACCCACCGUUCUAUGAUUCGCUGGUGGAUAUGGAUCCUGGACUUGUGGUUUCUUUUCUGGAUCUUCCGAGAGAGGCGAAUAUCAGCGCCUUGGUACUGAGAUUUGGGGGUGAAUGUGAGCUUGUUUGGCUGAAUGACAAGAAUGCUUUAGCGGUGUUCCACGACCAUGCCCGAGCUGCCACUGCCAUGAGGAGGCUUGAGCACGGUUCAGUAUAUCAUGGAGCUGUGGUUGUCCAGAGCGGCGGGCAAUCUCCAUCACUUAAUAAUGUAUGGGGAAAAUUACCUGGCAGCUCGGCGUGGGAUGUUGACAAAGGAAAUCCAUGGAGGAGAGCUGUGAUUCAGGAGAGUGAUGACUCCUGGGGAGCUGAAGAUUCCCCCAUUGGAGGAUCAUCUACAGAUGCUCAAGCCUCUGCGCUGAGAUCAGCAAAGAGCAACUCUCCAAUUGUUACCUCGGUUAACCGUUGGAGUGUUUUAGAGCCCAAGAAGGCCAGCACAUCCACUUUGGAGCCAAUUGCUCAGAUAGAAGAGAGCAGUAGUUCAAAAACUACCGGUAAACAACCGGUGGAAGGCUCCGGUGAAGAAGUGGUGGAUGACUGGGAGAAGGUAUGUGAGUGAGAGCAUAUACCCAACGACUGUGAUUGGUUUUCAACUUCUUUGUGAUGUAUGAAAACGGCAGAUUGUUCAGACGUAUAUAAUGGAGACUGUAUGCGUGUGCGUAUGCUGUGAUGAGUCCAUUUCAAAGCUUAGGUGAUAGCCAACGACGUGCCGUUUUUGUUUUGGCAUCUUUGGCGUGCGUUUGGUUUAUUUAUGUAGUAACUAAAAAAACAUCCCAUUGUUCAGUAACUUCAGUUAUUGUGAAACGGCAUGUUUGUAACGCUUUUUUUUUUCUCUUUUAUUCUUGACAUAAUGAUGCAACACUAAGGUUGGUUAUUCAUUCAUUAGUAC